AUGAAUCAUACGGAAGAAUAUUCUGAUGAAUGGGAACUGAGCAAAGAAAACGUAAGACCUCGGAAACAAGGGCGCAAUGUCUCCUCGCUGUCAGUAGCGCUUCAGCCUCAGGAUGAUCAAAUGGUUGUCAUCAAACAACAAAAACAAGUAUUUGAAAGUGAGUUACGGACAUAUACAGGUUCCGAUCCACUUGACACCUGGGACAGAUACAUUCGCUGGACGGAUGAAGCGUAUCCAAAGGGUGGCAAAGCGGGCAAACUAAGAGCUCUGCUGGAGCGAUGUGUUACAAUUUUUAAAGAUGAAGAGAAAUACAAGAAUGAUCACAGAUAUGUUGAUGCUUGGAUUAAAUUUGCAAACUUCUGCAUGGAUCCAGCAGAGAUGUUUGCCUUCAUGUUUGACCAGAAAAUUGGUUGUGAGGUGUCUUUCCUGUAUGACGCCUGGGCAACAGUGUUAGAGGAUGCAGGGAAUACUAAGAAGGCAGAUGCCAUCUAUCAAGAAGGGCUGCGAAGAAAUGCUCAACCUGCUGAAUUCUUGCUUAGAAAACACCAAGAGUUUCAGGCUCGUGUUGCCCGUGGCCUGAUGAGAUCAGAGGUGAUGGACACAGAUGGCAUCCUUAUGGAAGAGGAACAGCGCACAACUCUAGGCCAGCUGAAAGCUUCAGGAAGACACCACCAAGUUGGCACAGCCAGGACAGGAGCUGCCAAGAAAUGUUAG